AUGUCCCUUCCCAAGCAGCACGGAGCUAGUGGGUCAGAGGCGCUCCAGGCGCUAGUCGACGGAUUCCUGGCGGACGUGGUAAUGUGGCGGCUGGAAUACCAGAUCAGCCCACGAACCACCUCCUUUAGGAUUUUGCGUCUAAUGAGUCGAUCUCAGUGGGAUUGGCCAUUUGGGAACGUCUACUGUUCCAUCAGCAAUUUCAUUGCCAACGUCACCGUGGCUGCAAGCGUAUUUACCCUUACUGCCAUCUCUGCUGACAGGUGCAUGGCGAUCGUACGUCCAUUAAGACCUCGGAUCUCGAAGAAAUGCAUGGGUGCAUCGAUCGCUGGAAUCUGGAUGGCGUCGGGUCUCCUCGCGAUCCCCUGCCUCAUCUAUUCCAGAACCAUUCAAUUCACGUAUGCAAACAAUGAAACGAGGACGAUGUGCUACAUGGAGUGGCCAGAUGGGAAUCCUCCAUCCUCAUACCAGGACUAUGUGUACAACGUGGUGUUUCUGAUCGUGACAUACGUGGUGCCUGGGAUAGCCAUGAGCAUCUUUUAUGGGCUCAUCGGCAUGGAGCUUUGCUGGAGCAAAACCAUCGGCGAACUCACGCAGAGGCAAUUGCAAAACAUCCAAUCGAAGAAGAAGGUGGUGAAGAUGUUUCUGGUGAUCGUCUUGAUCUUCGCCGUGUGCUGGCUGCCCUACCAUGCCCAUUUCCUCUAUGCCUACCACAACCAGGAGGUGGCCAAAUCCACGUCCGUGGUGCACGUAUAUUUCGUCUUCUACUGGUUGGCCAUGUCCAAUGCCAUGAUCAAUCCCAUCGUCUAUUACUUCAUGAAUGCCAAGUAUAGCCUCGAUGUUCAUUACCAUUUUCACCUCCGAGGAUCUCAAUCAAUCGCCUCUCAUUGAGGUGGAGGAGAAGGAGGAGGAGGAGGAAUGGGAAUAGGAAUAGGAAUAAGGAACACGAGCAGCAGCAACCGUUGCCAGGGACGACGGGAGCACCGGGAAGAGGGUCACCUGGUGGCAUACCCCCUCGUUGAACGACCCAUUCCAUGUACAAAUCAAGGGAACUGCAAUCGUCCCUUGACGUGGGAAACUGACCUGAAGGAAGUCAGUAAUGGCAAUGUCAAUCGGCACCAACAUCAUCCCCACCUUCAUCACAUGCGAUGAACUUUUUUGAUCUGCGGGUGCCGGCAGUUCUCAAUCGGUGCUUUCUCUUUUCUCGCGGCAUGGAGGGAGCCCUCAGUUUCUAUUCUAACCUUGUAAUGGGUG